AUGGAUGAGGACAAUUCAUCUUCAACUGAAUCUCACAAGAGGGGUUCAUCAGCUCUUCAGCUGGGGCCUUGCAAGAAAGCCUUGAAAUCUGAUCCACUUGUUUCACAUGGACGACAUUUUGGUCGCACUGUUUUUGCCCUCUGCAACUAUCCCUCUCUUUUAACAAGUGGAGUGUUAAGAUUAGAACAACUGGAAGACAUGGAGCGCCGGGAACAUGCAGUCUUUGAAACGCUCUUGGAUUCCUAUCCAGGGCUCUUAGAACGGCUGAAGGAAGGCUCAGAGGAUUCAUGUUGGAGAACUGGUGAGUUGCAUAUUGGCAAGGGAGCGGCUUGUGCAAGGGGGGAGGAUACAAAGUCUUUGAAACCAGUCAUCAUUGAUUGGAUAGCGCCAGCAGGUGAAGCAGUAGUGCCUCCUUUACCAAGGAAUUCUAAAAUCAGUCAGGGCUUCAAUCACCCUCUCACCGGCCGCUUACUCUGUCCUGCUGAGUUGGAUUGGGAUGAUGCAGACACGAAACAGAGCCUGCAAAGUGGUGAACUUGUCGUCAGUGGAGACCAGUGGCCUCUAUUUGUAUAUGCCAAUGAAGUGUUUGAUCCAGAGGAUCCUUGGAAUGGCCUUCUCAGAAGCCGCUUGCUUGUGAAUGCGUUCAGACACAUUUUUACAUCGCCAAGUUCAGUGGACAAAGAGCCCAAGGCAACACGUGCGGGAAAUGCUAGAAUUCAUGGUAUGACUACUGUUACAUCUGCUUCGGUAGCAUAUGUGGCCACCCAGAUUCAAUUCGCACUCUGUUCAUCCUCAGUAUUCUCAUGCACUGACAUGGUCACAGAUUCAGAAACAUUCUAUCACUCUCUUCUUGACCUUUUGGAGGACCCGGAUGAGCGCAGGAAAGUCACAGAACUAUUACUUUGGUGGAAUCAUCAGAUAUUUCCAAUGUCUUCAGCAGCCAAGCGACCUCUCAAAGCAAACAGUGCCCUCUCUAAGAUUCGCCAAAAGAGAGCUGCUUUAAAAGACGCAGAUGGAGGUUCUGCUUGAUAUGUUCCAGUCAACCGUCCAAUAGAGCUACUAUUAUUAUAAUACACAUAUCAGAGCGUCCA